UAUGUGUAGUGUAGUGUUGAGUUUUGAGAAGAAGGGAAUUUGAUGGUGUGAAGGUUGGUAGAGUAGUUAUAAUGGUUGCAGCGAGGCAGUUAAUAUAAGUGAAAGUGAUUGAAGUGUUGUUUGUCCGAAUAGAAUAGCAUGUGUUGUUGACAAGUAAAAACCAGCGAGGCCACGUUUAACAACAAGAUGAUCAACAAUACAUACAAUUGAGAUGAUGAUGAUGAUACAUGCAUGUUGUUGGGUUGGAAUAAGAUUUCGAGUUGGACAACAAAAUACUACUCAAUUAAUGAGAUAGAGAGAUGUAUGAAUGUAUAUUAUAUAAUGUAGUAGGACCUCUCUCACAGAUGGGAAAUGGGACCCCUGUGUCAUAUUGGCUCCUCUGGAUGAGCUUCAUUGCCAGCUAGCUGCCCCUGCUGUUGCUGUUGCUUCCUCUCCUCUCUUCAACAUGAUUGAUUUUCUUUUUUCAUUUAUUAAUUAAUUAAUUCCAGUCUCCCGCAAUCAUCACCACCGUAUAAUCAUACAGUAUACAUCAAUAAUUAACAUGACAUUUCUGACCCUAUCAAUAUUUGCCUCUUUAGUUUUGGUUUUUAAAUAUAUAUGCGCUUGUGUUGUUCUUGCUCACACGCAUUAUAACUUCACAUUUCUUAUACUAAUAUAUACUUGCACCUUUCAUUCUCAUCAUCAUUAUUGUUUCUCAACUCCCCACACCUUAUCUUCUGCUCCGCCCUCAUCGGAUCAAUUAACAAGAUGGUGAACUACUGGAAAUCCAAGCUUCUUCCCAAGAUCAAGAAGGUUUUCGAGAACCCCAAAAAGGCAGCCGGUCUCGAAGCUUGCAAGACCUUCGAUGAAUCUAAGGAGCAAUAUUCGAAAGAGUGUGAAGAGAAAAAGAGCGAUCUUGAGCCCAAAGUUACCGAAAUCUAUCAAGCUUCAUCUACUGAGAUUAAGGCUUUAAUCAAGGAACCAACGGAUUCAGGUGUGAAGAAGCACUCGGCAGCAGUCCAGAAAUUCCUCGACGAGCUUGCUAAGAUCGAAUUUCCCGGUUCAAAAACAGUGAGCGAAGCAGCUACCAAGGUUGGACCAGCAUAUGUGUCCGGUCCGGUUUUGUUUGUUUUCGAGAAGGUCUCUACGUUCGUAGUGACGACGGAGGAGGAGAAGAAGGAGGAGGCUGCUCCGCCGCCGGCUGAGGCCCAACCCGAGACCAGCGGCGCUGAGGUUAAAGAGAAGGAGAUCGCAGUGGAGGCGGCGGCCGAGGAGAAAGCUGAAGAGCCGCCCAAAGCAGAAGAACCAGCAGCAGCUGAGCCGCCGAAGCCUUGACCGGGAAAAGAAGGCCCGUCGUCAUCGUCGUCGUGUGUUGUACCAACUGGCAACUGCCAUAUAUGAUGUUUGUAUAUGUGAUGAUUUGUUAUUCUUUAUUUAAGUGUCAAACUAGCUAGUCUUCAAACCUCUUUUUUAUUGCAUGUACUAUUGUUUGCUUGAGAUUGUAUCUACAGUUUGGGAUGUACACGAAAACUUUGUUGAAUUUCAUACCAUUUCGAAUUCGAUACCA